CAUCGAGGCAGACAACGACUCAAGAUCACAUCGCGCUCCCCGGAAUUGUUUCUUGGACGAAGAGAGUCUGUCCACGACGCACUAUCGUCCCUUCAUUCAGGAAGUGCACAUGCGCCCAAACAGUGGCUCCUCCGCCAAGGAGAGGCAUUCAGUUUUUUUUUUUUUUUUAACUUUAAUUGAGUCUAGCGACAAAGUGCAUCUCACAGUGAAAUUCCUGUUCAAAAAUAGACACUACACCCAGUGAAAACUACUGGAGAAUCCCUCCACGGAAUAACAUUUUGGGGAAUUCUGUAAAUAAUCUCAGUGAAUCUCUAUUUUACGCAUUUUCUCACAUUCCCACCCAUAUCGACACUAUUGUGCAAUUCCAGUUACACUGCUCGAAAAAAAUUCCCGAACAAUAUUCAAGAUUUGAGGUUUGAUUGUAAGAUACACGACUCUAUAAAAGUAGGAAAGUGAAUUGUGAAAGAAGUGAGAAAUAUAUUUAAAAAAAAAAAAACUACAGCCAAGAGAAAAGAAUUUGUAUAUCGAUAAAACAACGUGAAGAGAGAGAAGAAGAAGUAAUUGGAGUGAAAAGUAGGAAACAGAAGAAAAAUCUCGUGAAAGAAGAAAUUCAAUCAAAUCAAUCACCUCGGAGUUGUGGAUCGGAGGAAAAACAUGAAAAUGGUUUUGUCACAGCGGCAACGCGAGGAACUAAACCAAGCGAUUGCCGACUAUUUGGGCAGCAAUGGGUACACGGAUGCAUUAGAAGCAUUUCGCAAAGAGGCUGAUAUAUCCAAUGAGCUGGAGCGCAAAUAUGGUGGAUUGUUGGAGAAGAAAUGGACAUCGGUGAUCCGAUUGCAGAAGAAAGUGAUGGAGCUGGAGGCAAAGUUGUCAGAAGUGGAAAAAGAGGCACUGGAUGGGGCACCCACGAAGAGUAAGAGAACACCGGGUGAAUGGAUACCGAGGCCACCGGAGAAAUUUUCACUGAGUGGUCACAGGGCAACAGUGACACGUGUAAUUUUCCAUCCGGUGUUCAGUUUAAUGGUGUCAGCAUCGGAGGAUGCUACAAUAAAAGUGUGGGACUUUGAGACGGGUGAAUAUGAGAGAACACUCAAGGGACACACUGAUUCAGUACAAGAUAUUGCAUUUGACGCUCAGGGAAAAUUAUUGGCGUCCUGUAGUGCAGAUGUGUCCAUUAAACUCUGGGACUUUCAGCAGACAUAUGAAUGUGUUAAAACAAUGCAUGGUCACGAUCACAAUGUGUCAUCUGUGGCUUUUGUACCAGCUGGUGAUUUUGUCCUAUCUGCAUCGAGAGAUCGUACCAUCAAAAUGUGGGAAGUUGCAACUGGUUACUGCGUAAAGACAUACAGUGGCCAUCGAGAUUGGGUACGAAUGGUGCGAGUUAAUGUUGAUGGUUCCUUAUUUGCAACCUGCUCAAAUGACCACACUGUAAGAAUUUGGAUGACCAGCUCAAAAGAUUGCAAGGCUGAGCUCCGAGAUCAUGAACAUACGGUUGAGUGCAUCGCUUGGGCACCUGAGUCAGCGUCUGCGGUGAUAAAUGAGGCUGCGGGUGCUGAUAACAAGAAGGGUGCACAUCAAGGACCAUUCUUGGCUUCGGGAUCAAGGGAUAAAACAAUUUGUGUGUGGGAUAUAAACUCUGGCUUAUGUCUUUUUACGCUUACGGGUCAUGACAACUGGGUGAGAGGUCUGAUUUUCCAUCCUGGUGGUAAAUACUUGAUUUCUGCAAGUGAUGAUCGAACAAUUCGGGUAUGGGAUCUCCGCAAUAAGAGAUGUAUGAAGACCCUGUAUGCCCAUCAACACUUCUGUACAUCAGUCGAUUUUCAUCGAACACAUCCCUAUGUAAUUUCCGGAAGUGUAGAUCAAACUGUAAAAGUUUGGGAAUGUCGCUAAAUUAUCAAAUGUAAUCUCUUAGUAGAUGCUAUUUAAGAGAACUUUAUUUCUAUUUCACUUGCCACACUACAAAGACGAGCCAAGGAAGAGGGAGAAUGAGGGAGGGCGGGGAGAGGGAAGGGGAGAAAGUGCAGGAAUGAAAAUCAACAGAAUGCAAUUUAUUAUUGAUUUUCUCGCGAUUGAACGAGGAAAAGAUCAUACUCAAGGAGGACAUUUAGUCCAAUGUGAAGAUGAAGAAAAAAAAAACAAGUGAAAAUAUAAAAUUGAUCCUGAAAACAGUGAAAAAGAAAAUGAUAAAAGGAGAAUCAGAGAGAAUUGAAACCGAGGAAAAAAAUUGUGUGUAUGAAAUGCGCGUGUGUGUGUGCAGUAAUAUAUAAAAAAAAGAAUAAAUUUGAAAAUAUUUUUUAUUUUUGGGGAAGUCUUGCAAUCUUCAUACCAAACUUUUAUGAAAGAAAAUAAAAAAAUAUGAAUAAACUUUCAAUCAACAAUUUAUAUUUAAAAUAAAGAUAUUAAUAUUUAAGGAAUUUUUUUUCGUGAUUCACGAGAAAUUUCUUGAAAAUACUUUAAUAAAAAAAAAAAACAAUAUAAAAAUCGCUUUUUGAAUAAUGAUGAAGAAAGAAAAAAAUUGUUAAAUGAAGAAAAUAUUGAGAAUCGUAAUAGCUUUCAGUGUUAAACAUUUGUGGCAAUUUUUUGCUGAUUUAUCCUCAAAAGCCUCACAGAGUUAUUAUUGAAAAUAAUAAAUAAUAACUGAAAUAUUAGAUAGUGCAUUGAAUGGAGGAUAUUGAAAAAUUGUAAAAUUAAAUAAAAUUUUAACAAUAUUUCACUUUCCUGAGACUUACUAGAAGUAAUUCAUUUGCAAGCUAAACUAAAUAAUAGAAGAAAGUUUUCUGUAGAAUGUAGAAAAAACAACUCGGUGGACAAAUUUCCAAAAGUGAAAAAAUAAUAAUCAGCGCAAUUUUUAUGGUUCCCUUUUAUUUGAAGAACAAAUUAAUUUUUUCCUCCCAAUUUUCGGCCGAAAAUAACAUUUUUGUUUUCAAUGCAACUCUCAUAAAUCCUAGGAAGAUGAUAAAAUGGAAACUAUUUAUGAUUAGAGAAGCAAAACGAGGGUAAAUAUUAAACUUACUGUAAUCUAUUGUUUUAGUAGAGAUUUUUUAGGUAAUUCCUUGGAAAAAAACAAAUAGAACUUCGAAUAUGAUCUUUAGAAGAACAUAGAGAUUGCAUCUAAAAAGGCAGACAUAACAGUUACAAAAAAAAAAGAAAAAAAACGUAUUAAAAGAUACCUUUUAGAAUGACAAAGUAGUAAUUUAACUGAAGGAACAUUUUAGUUGUAAGUAAAAGAAAAAACCAAGAUUUCAAGGAGUCUUUCUUUUCACUUUUAAUUUUCUUUUGUGAAAAACGAAAUAGUGUGAAGAAAGAAGUCCUCGACUUUGAUUCAUUCUAUUUUCUCUGUAGUUUAAAUUGUCAAAGAUAAAAGAAAAACGAAAUAAUUUAAAAAAAGAUAUUUUAUUAUACUAUUUUUAUUUUGUGUGUAAUGUGAUCAAUUUUUUUCAGUCUUUUUCAACAAUGAAAGGAUUUUAACACAAAGUAGCUUUUCUUGAUUUUCUGAUCUAUACCUUAUAGAAAAAAAACCUUAGGAUUUCACAACAUGAAAGGAAAACUAUUCAUAAUGAAUCUAAAUGCAGUAUGAAAUAUAAUGAAAAAUCUAAAUACAAAAA